CAAACCAUGUGGUCUGAGAAUCUAAAACCUUGUCACUGUUACUUAAAUUCUCUUCUCCUCCUCUCUGUCUCUGUCUGUCUCCGUCUCUCGUCUACUCUCCCCAUUUUGUGAUCAAAACCGAAAUGGGUUUUGGAAUUCAGAGCUCUUGUUAUGCUGUUGUCACCAUCUUUAUGGUGUUUUCAUGUUAUUGUAUAGCACACACACGACACCAUUUGUAUAGUAAUGACAGGAGGAGUUCAAGGUGGAGAAAGCUGGAGAGAAACUGCGAUCUGUCUGAGGGGAGUUGGGUCUUCGAUGAAUCCUAUCCUCUCUACAAUUCAUCGGCCUGUCCCUUCAUUCGGAAGGAAUUCGAUUGCAUCAAAUACGGCCGCCCAGAUCGUCUCUACCUUCAUUAUAGAUGGCAACCCCAUGACUGUAACUUACCAAGAUUCGACGGUGAGGAGUUCUUGAAGAGAUUCAAGGGAAAGAAGAUCAUGUUUAUAGGGGAUUCAAUAAGUCUCAACCAUUGGCAGUCACUGGUUUGCAUGCUUCACGCCGCUGCGCCUGAGGCUGCCAUCCUUCUGGAGACAGAGGACUCCAUUACCACAUUCACUUUCCAGAAGUAUGACGUCUCGGUGAUGCUGUUCAAUUCUCAGUAUCUUGUAGACAUAGAGAAGGAGAAAAUCGGACGGGUUAUGAAACUGGACUCCAUGAAGAAUGGCGAUAUAUGGAAAGAGAUGGACGUUUUGAUCUUCAACACCUGGCUCUGGUGGUACCGCAAAGGGAUCAAGCAACCAUGGGACUACAUCCAACAAGGGAACAUCACUUACAGAGACAUGGAUCGCAUGGUUGCCUUCGAGAAAGGGCUCACAACAUGGGCCAGAUGGGUCGACUCAGAUGUUGAACCUUCCAGAACUAAAGUCUUCUUCCAAGGCAUUUCUCCAUCCCAUUACAAUGGGAUGGAAUGGAAUGAGCCAGGGGAGAGGAAUUGCGCCAAGCAGACGCAGCCCAUGAAAGGGUCGACUUACCCAGGCGGCUGGCCUCGGGCGAUGAAUGUGGUGAGCAAGGUUUUGAGUAGUAUAACAAAACCCGUUUAUUUGCUCAACGUGACAACUCUAUCACAGCUGAGGAAGGAUGCACACCCGAGCAGCUACAAUGGCUUCAAGGGCAUGGAUUGCACCCAUUGGUGUAUCGCUGGCCUCCCUGAUACUUGGAACCAGCUUUUAUAUGCAGCUCUCAUUCAUUAAAACAACAUAAUUAGAGAAUUCAUAGCCAAUAUUGCACAGUUGAUUGCUAUUUUCCUUAGUCUUCUUUUUUGAUAGUUUCACUUAUUGAGUUGAUUCUUACAGAAUUUUCUUGUCAUCCAAGCAAGGGAACAUGUUUCAAUCUGGUAUGAAUUCAUUAGUUAAUUCAUGGUUAUUUCUUUUUCUUCGCCAA